AUGAGGUCCCUCUUCCCCACCUAUUUCCCCCUCCCCGCUGGUAGGAGGUGGAGCGAAGUCUCAUUCGCAUCCCUGAAGGCUACCCAGGGAAAUCCCCCGCCUCCGCCUAGCUCAGCCCUGGGCACUGGGGGGCGCUCCCCAGGGUGGUCUCAGUACCCCCCGAGCCUUGGACAUUGGGUAGCUCACUCUGAUCGGGAAGAGAUCUCCACCCACCCCCGCCAGACAAGCGGCCGGAGCGGUAGCGGGGGCCCGAGCCCUCCUGGGUUCCAGCUCCCGCCCCUACCCUGGCUGCUCCGGCCCCGCCCUCCCCCCCCUUCUCCGGCUCGUCCUGCGCGGGGGCGGAGCGGGCGGGAUCCCCCCCGCCUCCCGUCCGGGUUCCCGGGAAAUCCACCCUCCGCAGCUUGCCGGGCUCCCUCCCAGUCUCUGAGGCUCCGGCUCCGCAGCCGGCGCGGCCCCUUUGCUGGGGGCUCCGCAGUGCCCGGAACCCCCCCACCCUUUCUCCCCGCGUCCUCGGCCUGGUGGCCCCCUCAACCAUCCCAGCCUACUGCCUUCGGGGCAGCUUCCGGGCCUCAGUGUCACGGAAUUGAACCCCCUGGCCCGGCCUGCCGUCCCUCCCCCCCCCAACCCUUCCAGCCCUCCGCCUCCGGGCAGCCUCCGGGCCGCCGUGUGACCGGACAGACUGACGGACUGCAACCUCAGCCCGACCGGGGCCAGCUGCGGCUGCAGCCCCCGUCCCCUCCCCGUCCUCCCUCCCCGCCAGCGGCCUCCCUUGCCUGGGGAGGGGGAAAGGGGAGGGUCCUCUAUUUCCGUUCUCUCCCUUCGCCCGGGGUUGCUGCCCUGCAGCCUUGGCUGGGGCUGGGGUUGGGGGCGAGGGAGGGGACCCCAGGCCCAGGCCGGGAGGAGGAUGCUGGCUGUCCCAGCUCUGGGUUCCGAAAUCACCACUUGUUCCGAAGCCCCGGGAGGGCAGCGGGCGGCGUGGUGACAGUGGCCGUGGCGGCGGCGCCAGGGGCCAGGCGGAGACCCGGUUUCCAGGGGAGACUAAGCUCCCGCCUCCUCCCGCCUCCGCACAAGGGAGGGAGGGAGGAAAGGAGGGGGACUUGGAUCUCAGCGCUUCGGGGGCGGAGGGAGCCCUGGCUGCAGGGGCCAGUCUGGGGGAUCCCCCUCCCCUGCAGAGAGGACGAAGGGGCAGCGGGGGAGGGGCCCCUGGAGAGAAGUUUUCUCGAUCUGUGUGUGAUCGUGUGA